UUUCAUUCAGCAGAGAAACAUGUGCACUUCUCCCCCAAAUUCAGUUUCUGUAAACCCGGGGCUGUGAACAGUAUUGAUCACUGGCUCUCAAUGAGAGGAUUAACAGGAAUUCAUACAAGGGCUUGGACGCUUACCGGUGCACAUUUGGAACUUGGUACUGCUGCAUAAUGGGUUACAAAGCGACAUCCAUGCAUUGUGUCUUAAGAUGCCUGUGCUUCAUGCUUCUCCAUUUGUUUAGUGCAGCUCAAGAUGAAGACAUAAGAAGUUGUAGGACCGCACCAUGCGAUUUGGUCUUUAUUCUUGAUGGCUCGUGGAGUGUUGAGGAUGUCAAUUUUGAAAUAGUGAAGCGGUGGCUUGUCAAUAUAACAACAAGCUUCAACAUUGGACAGAAGUUCACCCAGGUUGGAGUUGUCCAGUACAGCGAUAACCCUGUUUUAGAAAUACCUCUGGGGAAGUACUCCUCUAACAAAGACCUCAUCAAAGCGAUGGAGUCCAUUGAGUACAUGGGGGGAAACACAAGGACAGGCACAGCCAUUAAGUUUGCUACAGACAAACUGUUUGGCCUCUCCGAGCGUGGCCCACAAGGCAUUUCCAGAAUUGCUGUUGUCCUUACAGAUGGGAAAUCUCAAGAUGAGGUUUUGAAAACAGCAGAGGAAGCAAGGAAAAAAGGAGUCAUUUUGUUUGCAAUUGGUGUUGGGUCAGAGACAGAAGAGGCCGAGUUGAGGGACAUUGCCAACAAGCCAUUUUCAACUUACGUCUUCUCUGUCGAGGACUACAAAGCUAUUUCCAGGAUCAUACAGGUCAUACGACAGAAGCUGUGUGAAGAGACUGUUUGCCCAGCAAGAAUUCCUGUAGAUUCCCGUGAUGAGAAGGGUUUUGAUAUUCUGUUACACUUAAAUUUGGCCAAAAAAGCAAAGAAGACACAAGGUGCAUUUUAUGGCACCAAGGCCUACGAAGUGACGUCUCGUGUUGACUUGAGCGAAGCUACACGGACCCUUUUCCCCGAUGGCCUGCCUCCAUCGUAUGUUUUCGUGGCCACCCUGAGGUAUAAAGGGUCUGUGACAGUUGAGGAGUGGGACCUGUGGAGAAUACAGACGCGUGAUGGGAAACCCCAGAUGGCAGUGACUCUAAAUGGACUGGACCGCACCAUCAUGUUCACCACAACCAGUGAAGCACCAAGUGGAACGCAAACAGUCACAUUUUCACAACAGACAGCACAGCUGUUUGAUGAGAAAUGGCACCAGCUACGGCUGCUGGUCACUGAGGAGGAUGUUACUCUUUAUGUCGAUGACCUGGUAAUAGAAACUCUGUCCCUGGAGCCCCCUGUUGGCAUUUUCAUCAAUGGAAAAACCCAAGUUGGAAAAUAUGUCAGAAAGGAAACAACAGUGCCAUUUGAAAUUCAGAAACUUCGCAUCUACUGUGACCCUGAGCAGAAUAACCGAGAGACCGCGUGUGAAAUACCUGGAGUUUGCUUCAACAAUCCUGGUGACACUGAACCCACCCAAGAGCCUUGUGUUUGUCCUCCUGGACCCCCUGGACUUCCAGGAAUGAAGGGAGAACAAGGAAACAGUGGCAACCCUGGCCAGCCUGGACCUCCUGGUGCUGAUGGUAAGCCUGGUAUCCCUGGCAUUAGAGGGAGUCCAGGGCUGCCAGGUCCACCAGGAGUAGAGGGGCCACGGGGGCCAGAUGGGUACAAAGGGGAGCAAGGGAGGCCCGGUGUUUCGGGUGAGAGGGGUAUGCCUGGAUUACCAGGAUCACCUGGACAACCAGGAGAGAAGGGCUCUAUAGGAUCCCCAGGAACGGCAGGGUUACCAGGAAAAACUGGCCAAAUGGGAGAAAAAGGAAGUAUGGGACCUCCUGGGGCAUCUGGUUAUCCAGGAAAACCUGGCCUUCCUGGGAGAGAUGGAAAGGAUGGGUUUCCAGGGGGACCUGGUCAAAAGGGAGAAGCUGGUGCCAGUGGAAUUCCUGGUGCUGAUGGAAGGGAAGGCCAUCCUGGUAUACCAGGAUUGCCAGGAACAGCAGGCCUGGAUGGACAAAAGGGGGAAGCUGGUUCGCCUGGAUCAAGGGGCUUCAAAGGAUCAGAUGGACCGCCUGGUGAGAUGGGUUUACCUGGUGCACCUGGCUUAAGAGGACCAACUGGGCCCAAGGGGAGUAAGGGUGAAAGUGGCAGUCCAGGUAUUCAAGGAGCACCAGGGCCUGCGGGGAGUGCUGGGGAACCAGGGACAGCAGGUCAGCCAGGGCACCCGGGCAUGCCAGGCCUGAAGGGCAGCAAGGGACAAAAGGGCAGUCCAGGUGAAAGAGGAGAGAUGGGGCUGAAAGGUGAAAAAGGAGAGUACGGUCGGCCUGGGAAUCACGGCACCACUGGUCCAGCAGGACUAAAAGGAGAGAAAGGGACAGCAGGGGGUCCAGGGCAGAGAGGUCAAGAAGGUCAAGUGGGACGGCCUGGACAGCCGGGUCAGUCGGGCCCACCUGGCCCAAGAGGACUGCAGGGGGAAACUGGUCCACCUGGCCCACCUGGACCUGAAGGAAGAUCUGCAAGUGAAAUGACAGACAGUCACAUUCGACAAAUUUGCAGAGACAUUCUUCAGGCUGAGCUGCCUUUAUUGUUGCUGAGCAACCAGCAGAGUAGCUGCUCCAGAUGCCAAAGCCAGCCUGGAUCUCCUGGUCCUCCAGGUCCAGCUGGGCCCCAAGGACUCAGGGGCCUUCCUGGACUUAGUGGCUCCAGGGGACAGCCAGGCUACCCGGGUCGGCCGGGACAGCCUGGUAUUAAUGGGAUUAAAGGAGAACCAGGUUUCAAGGGUGAGAAAGGGAGCCCUGGUCGAACCAUGAUUGGAGACCAAGGGCCACCUGGACCUCCAGGUCCGAUGGGUCCCCACGGGUACGGUAAACCAGGUCCUCCAGGUAAGCCUGGACUCCCUGGUCUAAACGGAGCAGAGGGUAAAAGUGGUAAUCCUGGCAUCCCUGGCCAGCCUGGGGUGUGUGACCCAUCCAUGUGCUAUGGUAGCAUGAUGAGGCGGGAUUCUUACAGCAAAGGGCCAAACUAUUGACGUAAUGCAGCGCCACUGCAGGCACCAGUCUAGAGCUGAUGUGGAACAAACAGCCAUUCUCAGGAAGAUCUCAUCUUUACAGUUUCUCUCUGUCAUGGAAACAAAACUGACCUCUUCUAACACCUUUUAUGUGAUCUCAGACAGUCAACAGAACUAGAUCCUAUCACAUUAUCUCUAUUGGUAUUUUGUAUUAUUAUUCACGUGUCUUUGAACAGACUUUGAGGUUUUAAUGGCAUUAAGAGAAUUCAUAAUUGGCUCCAUUUAAUACCUCUCAUCUGAGCACCUUGAACUCAUAUCCUUGUCUGGGUCUCCCUCUGGGCAGUAUGGCUGGUACAUUUUCCUAUAUUGCCCCCUGGUGCUGCUUCGUUGCAUGUCGCUGUCUAAAGUUUCACAUCACAUUGAGUGGGUGCUUUAUGUUACAUUAAAAAAAAAAAAGAAAAAGUAAAAAAGAAAAAAAAAGCUUCUAUAAUCCAUAAAUUCCAUGUUCGGUGAUUUCACCAUAAAUUAUGCCAGAAAUUGACAUG